AUGACGGCCAACCAAGCUGCAUGGCUCACCGGCAAGAAAGUCAAGCCUCUGGAAGUGAGGCCCGCGCCUUACACGCCGCCAGGAGAGAACGAAAUCGUCGUACGCAACCGAGCUGUUGCCAUCAACCCCGUCGACUGGUUCAAGCAAGAAGUCGGCGACUUCCUGUACGAGUGGGUCAAGUACCCGAUGAUCCUGGGCAACGACGUCGCCGGCGAAGUCUUCGAAGUUGGCCCCGGCGACAGCGCAGCACGAUUCAAAGUCGGCGACCGCGUCCUGGGCCACGCCGUCGGCCUCGACAAGCGCAGCAACAAGACGUCGGAGGGCGCGUUCCAGGAUUACGUCGUCUUGCGAGCCGAUCUCGCGUCUCCGGUUCCCGACUUCAUCAGUUUCGAGCAGGCCUGCGUCGUCCCCCUCGGUGCAUCGACCGCCGCCUCGGGGCUCUUUGCGAAGGAUUACCUCAACCUGCAACGCCCGAGAGUCGACGCAAAGCCCAACGGCGAGACGCUCCUGGUCUGGGGCGGGUCAACUAGCGUGGGCUGCAACGCCAUUCAGCUCGCGGUGUGCGCCGGGUACGAGGUCAUCGCCACGGCAUCACCGCACAACUUUGAAUAUCUCAAGACCCUCGGUGUCAAGGAGGUCUUCGACUACAGAAGCCCCACCGUCGUUCAGGACAUCACCAGAUCGUUUCAGGGACAAACGUCGGCCGGCGCCUUCGCCAUCGGUGCGAACUCCCUCGUUCCCUGCGUGAAUAUCGUCGCGGCCUCCAAGGGACGGAAAUUUGUCGCCCAAGCAAGUGUUGCCGGGCCGGGGAAACCGCCUACUAGUCUGGUUGGUUUAGCGUCCUUAAUUUGGGCGAUGACCUCGGAGAGCGUUACAGUCACUCUCAAAGGAAAGCUCUCCGGAGUCCGGACCAAGUUUAUCUGGGGGAGCGACUUGAUGGCGAACGAAAUCGGCGCGGCCAUCUAUCGGGACUUCUUACCUGAUGCUUUGGCCCAGGGCAAGUUUGUUCCGGCGCCCAACACGGAGGUUGUUGGCCACGGUCUGGGGUCUAUCCAGAAGGCGUUCGGAAUCAGCUAUAACGGGGUUUCCGCCAAGAAGCUGGUGAUAUCUCUAUAA